AUGGGUGACAAAAAGUCUACUGAAGCUGAAGAUGUCCUUCAAUUUUUGGAUUCUUUACCUGAAGGUAAAGAAACUGGGAACAAAGAGGUGAAGAAAGGUCGCCAAGAAGACAGUGAAAUCCUUGAUUUCCUUGACGAACUUGAGCAGAGCAAUUUGAGUCUCAACAAGCCCAAAGGCACGACCAAAACACCCGACGAGACACCUGACGCCGGAUUGGGGGCCGAGGACAAGAAACAUGGGGCCAACGCGAGUGAAACAGGCGCUGAUAACGAAGGUUUGAAAUCCGCAGGCUCGGAGACAAGGGCCCCAGCGCCUGAAAAGGUUGAGCAACAUGACUACGAGGAGGAGAGUCAACAACCCCUCAACGAUCCAAUUACUUCAAUCUCCAAUUGGUGGUCGUCUUCAGGCUCGGCAACGGUGAACUCGUUUUUUUCCAAAACGGCGGAACAAGCCAACCAAUUGAAGGACCGUUUGGCUCACGAACAACAAGGCAUUGCAUCUAGGCUCCAGACGACGUCGCUGGGUUCCAAGAUCUCAGCCACCACGAUUUCUACCCUGGCCAAGAACCUGACCCGGAUUGUCGUUGGCGAGACGGAUGAGGUACUGCGCAUACACUUGGUGCACGACCUUGUUGGGUACCCAAUGCUGCCAUACCACGUAGAGCAGCAGUUCGACAGAGUUCUAAGCUCACAAGUCCAGAGUGGAGUGCGUAUAUUUGUCGACGAGUGGGAUCACCCCAUUGAGGGUGAACGUCGUAAAGACGACGGUAAACGCCAUCUCAACUUGUUCACGGGCAAAUUCACGGACGGCGAAAAAUUGGCGUUUGCCAAUAUCAACAACGCUGUCAAGCUGUUCAACGCUGCCAAGGAGGAGCUCGAGAAACAGCGUGUCGACGUCUCCGGCCAUGAACGGCAACAGACGAAUGAAGAGCAGAACAUAUCAGAUCUUUUCAUUUCGGUUCUUCCCGUCGCGAUCCCUGUCAAGUCUCAAGACGCUGGAAUCACGACCACGGAUGCAGCGCAGCCCGGAAACUUCAGUUUCGUUGUGGUACUCAAGGACGUGACCAACGACACAACGUCAAUCACGAGGUCUCAAGGUUUCCCUCAGAAGUGGGCCGACUGGCUGGAGGGGACGUCGGCGCUCAAGGCGAGGGACGAGCACGAUGCAGAGAAGCCGCAAGCCACUGCUAAAGAGAGCGACGACGAUAACACCCAGCCUGAGGAUAUCGACCCCAGCGAAUGGGUCAAAGAAUGGGUCGAGGACGGGCUCAGCCUGACAUUUGGAGUUGUUGCUCAAAACUAUAUCAUCGAACGCAUGGGGUUCGAGUAG